AUGGGAUCUCUGUUUCCUUGUCUUCCAGAUGAAAUUGGGUGGCAAUGCCUCGCGAGGGAGCAGCUGAGUUCUCAUCACACCCUAAGGUGUGUCUGCAAAAGCUGGAAUGCCGCAUUGAAAAACUCCCAUUUUUAUGAAGAAAGAAAAAGAUUGAAGAGUUCGGAGCAACGGAUUUGUGUGGUCCAGUACAUAGAGGAAAUUGGCUACAGAGUAGCGGUAUACGACCCGGAGAAGAACUCGUGCAAAAGUUUAGCGCCCAUUCCCGCAGAAAUUGACGGCUUCCCUGACUGCUAUUUCAUGAAACAAAAACUGGUUUUGAUCACAGAUAUGUUUGAUGACUCUACAGGAAUUUGUGUGUGGUUGUACGAUUUUCCUUGUUCUAAAUGGCGUCAGGGUGCCAAAACACCAUUGGAUUUUGGGGGUGAAUUUGCCUCCGCAGUGGAUGAGGACGGGGGACUGAUUUACAUUGGCGGAGGGUUUGGUAGGGCUUCAGUUUACAAUGUGGAGGAGGACAAGUGGGAUGUUCUUCCCGACAUGAACACCCACAUGCAGUGUUUUACAGGUGCUUUUGCUGACGGCAAGUUUUAUGUAAUGGGAAUUUCUUUUCGUAGUUUUGAGGUUUUUGACUCCUACACGAGAAGCUGGACAACUAUGGAGAAUAGAUUUAACAAUUGGCAUUGUUUCGAAACUACAUUUGGGCACUUGCAUUACUUGUAUGUUAGGGGAUUGAUUGAACAUGACUAUAGUCAAGCUAAGGUGAACAUUGUAGGGACUUUUCCAAUGGAGUAUUGGGGCCGUAUUAUUGACUUCGCUGGGUUGGUUAGCAAUAAAAUUUUUGUGGGCUUUUAUUAUCCAUUUGAAGCUGAAGGGUUUUAUAUGCUCUCACCUCCAAGUGAGACAGGAGGAACAUGCAAGUUGAUUGGAAUUGAGAGACCAUCGGGCCUCCAGGGUUUUGUUAUAUCUGCUGCUACCUUGGAUCUCUAA